AAAGCAAGGAAGGUGGAGAGAAUCUGCAAAUGCCCAUUAAGUUUAAUUAAUUUUUACUUAAAAACCCAGAAAGAAAAUGGAGCAAGAAAGUAAUAUGGGAGCUGUGUAAGUGAAAAAAGAAAAAAAAAAAAGAAAUGUUAGAGAGAGAACAGAGAAGUGAAGAAGAGAAAAAGCAGAGAAUAAAAAGAGACCGGAUGUUGACAAAUUUCGUGUCACUGUUCUUAGAAGGUCGUUUGUUUGUGUAAAGAUUUUCUUAUCUUGGAUCUCUCUUUCUUUCUCUCUCUAGCGUAAAUAAAAAUACUAUUUUUCUCUAUCUAAAGUAAAAACCACAUUCUUUUUUCUCCUUUUUUUUUGUUGUUGAGAGAGAAGAGUGAGUGGCCUGGCAGAUCGAAAUCUCCUUCUUUUGUUCAAUUCUGGAGAUGAUCUAAGCUCCUCUAAUGGUGUUCCAAUAACACCCACUUUGUUCUUUGUUGUUUUUCCAGCUCUCUCUCUCCCUCUCUCUCUCUCUCUCUCUCUGUGUGUGUUUUUGAUAAGUGCCAGUCAUUAGGAUUUCUUUGAAUUUUUUUUUCUAUGAUGUGGAGGUGACUGUUGAAUAAUUGAAUCCAUUAGGAGGAUUCUUCAGGGGAAGAAAUCAGAGGAUGUGGGUCUGAGGAAUGGGAACAAAAGUACAGUGUGAAAGCUGCUUCCCAGGAUAUUUCUCAAUGAGGGAUCUUAAUGAGGAUUCUAACAGUUGUAGCUGGCCUCUAUUCUAUGGAGAUAGAGUAUUCACAAAUGGGCAGUACUAUAAUGGAUUCCUGCCAAGGGCCAUUGCAGAUGUGUAUACAGGAUAUGACAAGGACGUAGUAAAGCAGACAAUGCUGGAGCAUGAGGCCAUAUUUAAGAAGCAGCUGUGUGAACUUCACCGCCUAUACAGAAUACAGAGGGAUUUAAUGGAUGAAACUAAGAGGAAAGAAUUAUAUAAAAAUCGGAUGCCUAUAGAGACAUCAUUGUCAUCAAGCCCCUUGGCAUCUCAAGUUACAUCUGAAGAUGCUCGGAAAUGGCAUAUCCUUGGCUUCCCAUUGGGAAACUCUGUUUGUGCUGGACCAUCUACCUCAGGCAUUGAAGACAUGCACUCUCCAUUGAGUUCUAUAAAAAGAAGCAGUUCACAAGCUAGUCCCUUGCUAUCUCAAAAUGGAGGUACUUCAAAAGAUGUGGAGAUAUUGGAGUCCAGGCCCUCAAAGGUAAGGAGAAAGAUGUUUGAUCUUCAACUUCCAGCUGAUGAGUACUUAGAUACUGAAGGACAACAAGUACAACUAAGGGAUGAAAAUAUAUGUGGUAUUUCUAGUUAUCCGUCAAAUAGGAAUCAUAAAGUUGCACCUGGGAGUGGAAUAAAUGUGCUUGUUGGUAACGGUGGGAAGAAUAAUUGCCAAGGAGAUACAUUGCAAUCUGAAUCAUGUUUAAAAAGCAAAAAUAAUUUGGCUGACUUGAAUGAGCCUAUUGAGGUUGAGGAUAUAAAUGCAUCUGCAAAUGAUCUUCUAGGCUGUACUUCCUCCCAUUGUGAGAUUCAAGAGCAUGAACUGGCUGCUAAAUCAAAAUCACAGUUUCUUGGUUUCCCCAAAGAAAGUUCACUGAACUAUCAUCAUGGGAGCAAUAAUGGGAUUGCCAAUGAUCUGUAUCUACAGAAUAAUGUGAAUGGAAAUCUGUGGUUUCCCCAUAUGCUCGAGUCAGGGAACAGUAAAACCAACAUAAAGUCUGUUUCUCAAAGUCUUCUGCCAGAAAAGUUGCCUUCAUCUUCCCAGCCAUUACAGGUUCUGUUAAAAAAAACUAAUGAGCCUGCAACUCUGUUUCAUACUGAUCAAAUUAAGGUAGAUCAAAUGAGAGAAAGAACAGGUUGUGGUUUAGAACUCUCUGGAAGAAAUAAUGAGUUCUCUAAUAAUGACCAUCCAAUUUCAGUUGUGGCUUCCAAUAUACCCAGUCAAUAUGCAAUCGAUCGUUCUUCUGACUUGAGCAACUCCUGGUCUUGGUCUGUUUCAUCUUGGGAAAAGCUCAGUGGUAGCUUAAGCCAGAAGUCAAUGUCAGCUCAAAUGCACCUGAAUUUGAAUGCUUCUGCAACCUUAAGUAGUUCUCAGUCAUCAACUCAAAGUCAUGGUGUUUUUGGCGAGUGGUGGAAUUAUAACAGCAGUUCUGCAUCUAACCUGAAAGUAGGAACUGAAAUGCCUGACCAAAAUGGAUUUUACCAUGGGUCCUCAUCAGGGUCCAAGGAGCUGCUGACCCACUUUCCUUCAGGCAAUUGUGAUUAUUUGAACUGCAGUAGUGCCAGCAAUGCAGCCCAUCAACUCAUAAAUCAUGGUUCAGCUAAGCUCUACAAGAGCUCAAAUUGCAUGGAUUCAAAAUCUGCUAAAGAUGUGGACUUGAAUGUAGUGCUUUCGAACAGCUCCUUAACCAAGAUGGCUUCCCAUCGAGGUCUUGAAGUCAUUGAUUUAGAAAGAAAUCAUGAGGAUCAUCUCGUGGCUUUGCCUUGGCUGAGAACUAAGCCUAAUUGUGAAGCUGAGGCAAUUAGUGCAGGGGUGGAUUUGAAUACGGGGAAUUUGAGUGACUUGCAAUCUUCUCUGAAUCAGUUGUCUGAUAAGAGUGAAGCUGGAAAGGUUCCUAAUCAAACAGUUGUUCACAAUGUGAAAUCAGCUUCUUGUUCCAAUGUCGUUGGAGCCAGUAGGAUUGAAACAAGUGACUCCUCAAGCCGCAGAAGAAUUCUUGGCUUUCCCAUCUUUGAAAAGCCACAUGUUUCAAAGAUCGAGUCUUCUUCUUUUCCCUCCCCUUCUGUGUCACUUCCUCAGCCAUCUGCAGAAGUCAAAAAUGAGAGGAAAAGUAGGGCACUUGAUAUUAACUUACCUUGUCAUCCAGCAGUUCCUGACUGUGUUCAACAGACUGCAACAGAAGAUGCGCUUAUGGAAAAAGAAAAAGAUACACAGGUCGCCAAUGUCAGAUAUGAGAUUGAUUUGAAUUCAUGUAUAACUGAGGAUGAAUCUUCUUUGAUGCCUUCUGUCCCAGGCUUUAAUGUGAAGAUUAUUUCAGGAAUAGAUUUAGAAGCCCCUGUAGUUCCAGAGACUGAAGAGGAUAUCGUUCCUGGAGAAGAAUGCCUGGAAAAGGCUUAUGAAGCAUCAUCACAAUUAUCACAGCACAAAGCGGAAAGUGCACCAGAUGAAUUUGUCAGAAUAGCAGCAGAGGUAAUAGUCGCCAUCUCUUCAACAGGUCACAACCGUCAGGAUGAUGCCACUUACAAUGCAUCAGAAGCUUCUAUGAAAGAUUCUCUUCAUUGGUUUGUGGAGAUAGUUUCCUCUUUUGGAGAGGAUCUAGAGAGCAAAUUUGUUGUUUUGGAAGCUGAGGGGAAUGGCCAAGAUAAAGAGGGGUCAUAUUUGGAAGAUUACUUUGAGUCUAUGACCUUGAAGUUGACAGAGACCAAGGAGGAAGAUUACAUGCCCAAGCCAUUGGUUCCAGAAAACCUGAAACUGGAAGAAACAGGAACAACUUCAGUACCAACUCGAACCCGAAAAGGCCAAUCAAGAAGAGGAAGGCCGCGGAGGGACUUCCAAAGGGACAUUCUUCCGGGUCUUGCUUCUUUGUCAAGGCAUGAAGUAACAGAAGAUCUUCAGACAUUUGGAGGGCUGAUGAGAGCAACUGGCCAUCUCUGGCAUUCAGGAUUAACGAGAAGGAAUUCUAGUAGAAGUGGUUGUGGGAGGGGGAGGAGGCGUGCACUGGUUAGUUCCCCUCCUGCUGUAAUGGCAAGCCCGCCUUGUACUCCCCUAUUACAGCAGCUUAAUAAUGUUGAAAUGGGACUAGAGGAUAGAAGCCUAACAGGGUGGGGGAAGACGACUAGACGUCCCCGCCGGCAAAGAUGCCCUCAGGGAAAUCUUGCUGCUCUCCCUUUGACCUAAUGGUUGGAAGAGACUUUGAUUUAAGAAUUGAGAAUGCUGUAGAGGGCAUUGAGGAGAUUUAUUUCUAUGGCUCUGGGAAUUGAGAUUGUUUUGAGCCAGAGGCAGUUGGGGAUUCUUUGUAAAUUUUCUUAGCCCAUAAUCUGGGUCCCCUUAAUUAUCUGUGUUUGGGUGGUUAACAACUUUAUAUUAUUAUUCAUAAAUAAUGUUGCAUGAUUUCUUCUUA